CUUUUUAUGUUAUAAAACAUCGCCAAAGAUGUCAAAAACGUGUCAUCAGCACUUUAAAGAGGUUUUCAAUUAAACAACAAGCGGGUUCAGUAGGAUGCGACUGUUUCCUUGCACAUGCGCAGAAGGGGAAAACAAAAUGGCGGCCCUGCUGCGCAGCGGCAGUGUGGCUGUGGGUCAGUGUGUGUGGAAUAAAAACACAUUAAUUCACUCACUCAGGAGACUGUGUGCUGCAGCAGUGUGUUUACAGUCACACAGCAGCUCGGAUAGAGGAAGUUCUUCCAUCACUGUAAGCACAGACGAGUUCUACUUUGUGGAGCAACUGAUUCCCCCAACGCACAUCCCACCUCCACCCAAACACACUGGCCCCGCCCCAUCCGGCUGGACCCCACCUUCAGAAACACCUCCGUCGCUGCCCUACAUGAUCCGACGCUCCCGAAUGCACAAUAUUCCCGUCUACUCUGACAUUAAACACGGGAACCAGAAGAACACGGUCGUGCGUAAGGUGGAGGGAGACAUCUGGGCUCUCGAUAAAGAUAUAAAGGAACAUCUGCAGCAGCUGAUGGGCAGAGAGCCACCCACGAAGGUCAACGAGGUCACCAGAAGCAUCCGUAUUAAAGGCCAGUUUGAUACAGAGCUGAAGGAGUGGCUGCUGAAGCUGGGCUUCUGAUGAACAUUGAUGAUGAUGAUGAUGAUAUUAAAUGUACCUGAUUGUGAUUAAUUCAGAAAUCUGAAAUGUGUUUUUCACCACAUUGAGUGUUCCUGAUGUGUACAGCUGUGUGCAAAUAAAGUUACACUGAUGAACAAAA